AUGGAGUCUUCCGGGGCAGGCCAUGCCCAUGCCUCACAACCUCUCUCGUCGUCGACCACCGCACAACAACCAUCCCAUAUUCCCGUCGAGAUGACCGACCUUGACGUUUCGAAGAGGCCGGCAGCAGGAGCAGCAGAUUCAGGAGCAGGCGCAGGUUCGCAGGGCCUCCUCAAUGACGUUUCGAUUCCCAGCUCCUCACCCAUAGACACUUCUUUCGCCAACACCUCCACCAUGGCUCAAUCAGCUCCAGUCGAUGAGAAUACGAAGCCCGAGCCAGCGGCCGAGACGUCACAAUCAACAUCGACUCCGUUACCCACGGCUAAGGAGGCAAUUACACCUGAGGCUGGAGAGUCAAGUUCAGCACCUGCGAUCAAACGGUUGGAUUCAGAGGCUAUCGGUCCAUCUACAGAUAGCAGUCUUGUAGUACCAGUUGCUGAAGCAGGACCAGUCUUGGUCAUCACACUGCUCCUUGGAACCGGAGCACGGCAUCCAUACAGAAUUGACGAGAAGUACUUGACGAAGAGGAAUGUUACUGUGCCGGGCAUGACCGAGAGUGGAAGAAAGGAUCCAUUCAGCAUCAGUGUGUAUACGUUGAAGGAGUUGAUUCUGCGGGAAUGGAGGGAAGAGUGGGAGACUCAACCUAGCAGCCCAAGCAGUAUACGGUUGAUUUACUUCGGCCGAUUAUUGGAUGAUAAGACGCCAUUAAAAGAGUGCAGGUUCAACGCCGAAUCAGCAAAUGUGGUGCACAUGACAGUUCGACCACAAGACAUCGUCGACGAGGAAGAUGCAUCGAAGAGCAAAACCUUGGCUAGAGAUAGAGAAGGUGGCGAGGCUACAGCAGGAUGUCGAUGUGUGAUACAAUAG